GCGGGCGGGGGAAUGCGCGCGCGUGCUCUUCAUCACUGCUCAUCCAGAAAUUCACCAGGAGGACCGGGACUGGAGAUCGGUUUGGGGGAACCUAGAACCCAACUGGACCGCUUCGAAGAGCCUGCAGAACCGGAGAACCGACGCGAGGCUCGGAAAACCCACCGCACCCAAACGCACCGGGCCAGGUGAGCGAGGAGGAACCAAGCGAUCUGCAGAGAUUCGGGUCCGGAUCUGAGUCCGGAGCCGCAGAGGCGCAGCGCGGUUUGAAGGAGCUCUGGGGAUUUUUUAUUAUCAUUUUUAUUUUUUACACGCCCUCGGAGCCGCAGCUCCGUGUAGAGGCGGCGACUGAACCCGGAGAGCAGCUGGGGGAGGAGCGGCUGUCGGUACGCGGAGCUCCGGAGACCGAGUGGAUCAUCCAUGGGUUAGCCCCGGACCGGUGGUCCACAGCAGCCUGCAGAACCCAGGAGGGUCCGCUCUUACCUGCACGCACCUGCGCUCCCUGACCCGACCUGCGGGGGCCGGAUGAUGUAGGCGCCGCUGCCCCGCCACCAGCAGCCGCAGCAGCAGCUACCGAAUCCGAGUCUCUGCAACCCACCCAGGUCUCUGGACCCCAGGUCUCAACCCCCCAGGUCCCCGGUCCAGAGAAGAACCAUGCCGGCGGGGAUGAAACCGCUGGAGAAGUUCCUGAAGAAGCAGACCACCGCGCUUACGCGGGCCGGGGGGUUCGGCGGGGUGGGGGACAAGGCCAGCGGUGGCACCGGGGCGUCCCGCAGGAGGGCCAGCCUGUCCCGGGUCGUCCCGUUCUUCAGGGAGACCUCACCUGAAAGCGGCCACGCGCGGGAAGUGUUCAGCCCUGACAGCGAGGACCCCCCCUCCUGGCCCUCCGCUGCAGGAACCGGGCUGGCCUCAGUUCCAUGCAGCGCCAACGGCUCCUGCUCCGGUUCUGGUUCUGGAUCCGGGUCUGGAUCCGGUUCCGGUUCUGGAGGAGGAGACAUCCGCAGUCCGUCUCUGUCCAGCGACGAGCAGAGCUCCGAGGCGAGCCUGAUCACAGAGAGCAGCGGAGGAGGAGGAGGAGGUUCUGGAUCCGGUCCAGGAGGAGGAGGAGGGACGCCUCUUCAUCCCGACACUCCAGAUAACCUGACGUUAGCGGUUCUGGACGGGGUGGCGGGAAAACGGUUCGGACACUGUUCAGAAACCCUGCUGGAUGACUUCAUGUUGACACAUCACAUCUUCCUGGCAGCCGACAGGCUCCAGCAAGUCCUGCUGCAGCAAUUCUCCCUGGAGGCAGAGGGUGGGGGCAUCGAGCGGCGGGACGGCGAGGCAGUGGCGGCCAUGAGCGCCGCCGAGAGGAAGCAGGCGGUGCUGAACAUGGCCUUCCGCUACCUGGACACCUACAGAGAGCUGCUGCAGGAGGAGGGAGAGCGCAGCAACAGCUUCCCCAAGGAGCUGUACAUGUGUGCGGUCCAGGAGCUGACCCGGUACCCUGAGCUGGUGGAGGACGUCCUCAAGCUACAGCGAUGGUCUGAGAUCCUGCACUGCCCCUCCGACGAGGAGAAGGAGAGCAGGAAGAAGCAGGUCCGUCCGCUGUUCAGACACUUCAGACGUAUCGAUGCCUGCCUGCAGCCCCGUGAGGCCUUCAGAGGCUCAGACGAAAUCUUCUGCAGGGUUUACACCCCGGAUCACUCCUACGUCACCAUCCGGAGCCGCCUGUCCUGCCGGGUCGGGGAGAUUCUGGCGCUGGUCAAAGAAAAACUCCAGUACAGCGAGGACCAACCAGUUUUGCCUGGAAACCUCAUACUGGUGGCCGUCACCUCGGCUGGAGAAAAAGCCGUGUUUCGCCCCAGUGACGAGGCCGUCUUCACCACGCUGGGCGUCAACACCCACCUGUUCGCCUGUGAACCCUCUGAACUCGACUCUCUGCUUCCUCUUCCUGAGGAGAUCCACUGGACGCCUGGCGACAGCAAACUUCACGACAUGUCGGCGGAGGAAGUGGCCAAUCAGCUGGUGGUGUUUGACUGGGAACUUUUCAGCUGCGUUCAUGAGGUGGAGUUCAUCUGUUACGUGUUUCACGGCGAGCAGUCCCGCUGGCGCCCUCUCAACCUGGAGCUGGUACUGCAGCGCUGCAGCGAGGUGCAGCACUGGGUCGCCACGGAGAUCCUGCAAUGCCAAUCGCUGCCGAAGAGGAUCCAGCUGCUGCGCAAGUUCAUCAAGAUCGCAGCGCUCUGUAAACAGCAGCAGGACCUGCUGUCCUUCCUGGCGGUGGUUCUGGGUCUGGAUAACCCGGCCGUCAGCAGACUGCGGCUCACCUGGGAGGGUCUUCCAGGGAAGUUCAGGAAGCAGUUCCAGCAGUUCGAAAGCAUCGCUGACCCGUCAAGGAACCACAAGUCCUACAGAGACCUGAUCACCAGCCUGAGACCCCCGCUGAUCCCGUUCACCCCGCUGCUGCUGAAAGAUUUGACGUUUCUUCACGAGAGUUGCAAAACGUUCCACGGAGAAUUUGUCAACUUUGAGAAGAUGCAUAAAGUGGCUGAAAUGGUGAGAACCAUCAGACGGUACCGCAGCUCCCAGCUGGCCAUAGAUACAGAGACGUCCCCCUCCCACUUGCAGACGAAGGCCUACGUCCGUCAGCUGCAGGUGAUCGACAACCAGAACCUGCUGUUCGACAUGUCCUGCAAGCUGGAGCCCAAAGACACGUAGAGGGACGAAGGAGCGGUGAGGAAGAGGAGGAGGUUCACGACCCGGACGUUAGAUUAUCACCUGCUCCUCUUCAUCAUAUAACAUAAAACAUUCUGACACACCUCCAAACCUGGAGGCCCAGAACUCUGGUUUCAUUCGUCUGUUUCUGGUUCGUCUCUGCAGGAUUCUGCAGAACCAGAACCGACCCAAAACCUCAUUAUUGGUUCUUAACACACAGCUGGAACAUAAAGUAGAGUUACGGCUCCUCCACAAACCAGUCUGCCCAGUUGAUUCACAUAUUUAUUUAUAUUUACCUCAAAUUCUGUGUAUUUUCAGCUGCAGUAGCAGAAAAUCAGUGGCGCUCCUGAGGGGGGGUGAGUGGGGACAACGGCCCCCUUUUGAGAAAUGGUUUCCACCCUCCUGCAUUCCCAGAGAAUCAUCUUUAUGGUAUAGAAAGGCUUAAAAAGUUAACUUCUUCAAGAGAUACAUGUAAACCCAAAUAAGUAAGUACAUAAAUAAAUAAAAAAUCAAUAAAGAAACAAAUAAAUACAAUUAUAUAUAUCUAUAUAGUCUGUGCCCUCUAAAAAUUUAAAUACAAUUUUCUGAAAAUAUACAGAAUUUAACUAAAUAAACAAAUUUACCAUCAUUACAUCAGUGUUAUGAUGGUAAAGUUUAUUAUCAGGAAUCAAACAAAUUUCUCUUUUAAAUAUUUAAUCAGUAAAACAGUUUAGUUCCCAUUUGAUCCCUUUACAAGAUGAUCAAACUUUGUCUUUAUUACCUGAGAUUUUUCUCUGUAUGCAUUUCCAAAUGGGAGAACAGCCAUGAUCCAGCUAUAAAAUACAGGAAAAAAGUGAAGCAGAACCUUGAGAACAAACCUUGAGCUUUUUCUUCUCCUGAAACAAUAUUUGGAAAGAAAAACAAGCAGUUUCAUUGCUGUGUGUUAACAACUGAUGACCCAACCCCUGACGCAUGGACCAAUCAGAAUGCAGAGAAAUGGCAGGCAUUGUCCAAUCAGCUUCCUUCAGCCGGAGUCAGGCUGCAAGAUUUAAUGUGAUGUGGUUUUCCAGACUUCAGGUUUUAUUUUCCCUGACUUCAUGGACCAAACGGGUCGAGGAUAAAGAGCUGUUGCGGCAGGACAGCGCCCCCCGCAGAGGGCUGAUGGUACUGUGACUUUGUGGGGCUGCUGCAGAGCGAUCGUCUGAUCUGAACCGCGAACAGAGACUGACAGCUGUUCUCUGUUCUGUCCAGAACUGAUCUGUAAAUGUUCAAAGCAAGGAGGAAAACAGCCAUCAUUUCGUUUCGCACUGAGGCGGAUUUCAUGUUUUUAACAAAAGACUCAGGUCGGUCCUGAUGUUGGGGCCGACCCGGGCUUCAUACCUGCUGCCAUAUUCCACUCAGAGUCCAGGCAGGUAAUGAUGCAUUCACUGACGGUCGGACUCGUGGACGCCGACGGAGCACCAACUCACCUGAUUGGAUCAGAGAGUAGAUGCUGGUUUUCUACCGAACAACGUCUGAAGACUCUACAGUCUUUGUGUUUCCAGACAAUGAUGAUGAACCCUGAACAUCUCACAGUGUUUGAGGGUCACAUGAUCCAGAUCAGGCUCCUCUUAAAGGACCAGUCAGUUGUUUACCUCUGGGUUUCAGAUCAAAAUAUAUAAACUUCAUAAGCCUCCGCCUGAUUGGUUAAAUCUGGAGCAAAAAAUAAGGAAUGGUCCUUUAAGAGAGCGUGACUCUUUAAUCUGAUUGGCCGGACCUUUAGCCAAUCAGUCGUGUUGAUGGGAUGACAUCACUCCUCAGAGUUGAUCAAAUUCUUUCUCUCUACCUGCUGUCACACCUGAACGACCAGCCGGCUCUACAAAGGACCCGCCCAGAGCCGGCCUCCUAUUGGUCAGUUCUGAGGGGCCUGAGGCAAUAAACCGAGGCGGCUGGACGCGGCGCCGGCUGGUCGAAGCACUUUUUGUCAAACCUCAGGGCUCAGAGACACACAGAGGUUCUGUUUACUCCUUCUUCAGUAGAGUUCUGUUCAGUUCAGUCCAGUUGUGUUUGGAUCGCUUGGUUCUGUGUUUGUACAGCUCAUCACGCUGCUGUCAUAUUUACUCCAGUUAUAGAAAUCUAAAGAGUUGUUGUUGUUUUGAUCACCACCAGAGCUGACAUGGCAUGAAGGCUAAUCUGUCUUUUUCUAACCGCAGGAUGGAUGGAUGGAUGGAUGAUGGAUGGAUGGAUGAUGGAUGGAUGGAUGGAUUAUAGGGCUAGUUGGUUAGUUGGUUCGAUUGAUGGUUUGUUGGUUGUUUGAUAGUUGGAUGUUGGUUGGACAGUUGGUUGGCUGGAUGGUUGGUUGGUUGAUUGAUUGAUUGAUUGGUUGGUUGGUUGGUUGGUUGAUUGGUUCGUUGGAUGGUUGGUUGAUUGGUUGGUUGGUUGGUUCAUUAAUUGAUUGGUUGGUUGGUUGGUUGGUUGAUUGGUUGGUUGGUUGGUUGGUUGGUUG